CCUGACUGUGGCACUGCGCGUGCGUGCACGGAUCGCGCGAAUGCCAUUGCGCAGGCAGUAGACGCACACCGGACGCUCGUGCUUUCUUAUUUCAGCUGGUUGCUGUGGUUUGUGUUCGUCCGCCACUUCCUCAGUCGUCAAGAAAGACAAAAUUAUGUCAACGAAGGUUGCUGUGGUCACGGGAGGGAACAAAGGCAUCGGCCUUGCCAUUGUGCGAGGGCUGUGCAAACAGUUCACGGGAGAUGUCUACUUGACGGCCCGAGAUGUCUCUCGUGGAGAGAGUGCUGUUCAAGCUCUGUCGUCUGAGGGCCUGACUGCCAUGUUCCACCAGUUGGACAUCAGUGACUCAAAGAGCAUAACUGCCGCUGCUGAUUUCUUCUCUCAGAAGUAUGGAGGAGUGGAUGUCCUCAUUAACAAUGCAGGCAUUGCAUUCAAAGUGGCUGAUACAGCGCCGUUUGCUGUCCAGGCUGAAGUCACAUUGAAGACCAACUUUUUUGGAACGAGGGAUGUGAUGACUCACUUCCUGCCGCUCAUCAAAACUGGAGGUCGUGUUGUCAAUGUCUCCAGCUUUGUUAGCGCUCGGGCUCUGAACCAGUGCAGUCCGACUCUUCAGGCCCGAUUCCGCUGUGAUGACAUCACAGAGGAGCAGCUUGUGGAUCUGAUGAAAUCUUUUGUCGACGAGGCAAAGAAAGGAGAGCACAAGCACGGUGGUUGGCCGGAAACUGCGUAUGGUGUGUCCAAGAUCGGAGUGACGACACUGUCCAUGAUCCACGCCCGUCAGCUGUCCAAAUCAAGACCCAGUGAUCAGGUCCUAGUUAACGCCUGUUGUCCUGGAUGGGUUCGCACUGACAUGGCGGGAUCCAAGGCACCGAAAUCACCAGAUGAAGGAGCCAUAACUCCCAUCUACUUGGCCUUGCUUCCUCCUGGAGCCACUGAACCGAAUGGGAAGUUUGUUUCCGACAAAAAAGUCCAGCCGUGGUGAAGAGUAUGAAAACUUGGCCUUUGAUUUCACUAAAAGCACUUAUUCAAACCUUUAAAAAUUUGAGAGAAUGUGGAUGGCCUGGUUGAGCUCAGCUGGGAAUUACUCACACAUUUUGCAUCUGUUUUGAAUGUAACUUAAAGGAAGACGUUAUCAACACUAGAGUGGCCAAUAAUUCAUGCAAGCAUUUGUUUACCAACACAACCGAGCAUAACAGAUGCUGUCCUGAACAUUCUCUAGAAGAACCUCAGAUGCACUGAAAAGGUUCUAAAACAUGCUGAAAGCAUUCCAUUGUGAACAUUAUUGUUAAAUCAUCUUUACAUUUAGAGCAGAUCUGAAGUAUGUGAUUCAUCUGCCAUUAAUCAUGAGCUAGCUCAGCUUUAGUGUGAAUAAU